UGCACGAAGCCAAUUCCCCCAAUUCCCCUUCCCAACCCUCGUGACUGUCGUUCUCUCGCCGCCUCUCCUCCACCGUUCUCCGCCGCCCUCCGCUGCCGACGUCACCCGAUCCAUGGACCUCCGCCGUGCCCCGCGGACGGUCAUCGACCCCAAGGUCCGGCAGGUGGGCUUCGUCACGCCGGGCGCCGCCCCGCCCCCCGCCCGCUCCCAUUCCGUCGCCACCGACGCCUGCUCCACCUCCCCCCCCGCCCCCGACCUCUCCCUUCCGGGGAGCUCCAUUUCCCCCGUCAUGAUCCCCCCGCCCCGCCACGCUUCUGCCGACGGCCUCUCCUCUCUCACCCGCCCCGCUGCCGCCGUCCACGUCCCAGCUUCCCCUCUCCGCCACGACACCGUCCAGAUCCCUAUCGGGAGCUACAACCCCUCCGAGAUCCUCCUCGGCUCGUCCCCGAUGAUCUCGCCCUCCAGCCGGCUCGACGCCGGUUCCGAGUUCUCCGACGAGGUGCCCACUUCCGCCUGGCUUAGCAGGAGAGGCUCGGGCAAGUUCGCUUCGUCCUUCCCGGCGAGCAGCGGGGAGAUGAUGGCUAUGAAAACCACUGGCGGCGGCGGCGGUGGGAACACUCCCAAGAGCAGCUUGACGACUGCCUCAGUGGUGAAGACACUGCCCGGCGUGUCAGAAAAAGAUGGAGGAGCUUUAAUUGAAAUGCAGAAUGAAGGGACCUCAAAGCCACAAAAGCAGAAAACAUCAAAAGCUGAGAGGCGUGCCAUUCAAGAGGCUCAGCGUGCAGCAAAGGCUGCUGCAAAGGAGGCCGGUGGAGUCAAGCCUUCAGCUUCUUCUGGAGGUGCAAUUCCUGCUUUGAAACAGGGUAAGGUAGUUAAACAUUCUCCACAAAAGAAAGAUGGGCCUCAGGUUACAGCUCCAGUUACGACAUCUGAAAAGAAGGUCGUUGACCGCCUUCCUGAAAAGGACAGAAAGAAAGAUGUUCCUCACCCUCGUAUGCAAUUUGAUGAUAAACAUAGGGUUGAAAAGGCUAAAAGACGUGCAGUAGUAAAUCAAUCUGAAGCAAGAAACAGAGUUGAAUUAUUCCGGCAUUUGCCUCAGUAUAUCCAUGGAACUCAGCUUCCAGAUCUCGAGUCAAAGUUUUUUCAACUUGAUCCAAUGCAUCCUUCUGUUUGCAAGGUUGGACUUCAGUAUUUAUCAGGGGAUAUCUCAGGUGGCAAUGCUCGUUGCAUUGCAAUGCUUUUAGCUUUCAAGGAGGCAAUUGGAGACUACACUACACCCCCGGAAAAAGCUCUUGUUCGAGAUUUGACUGCAAAAAUCAGUAGUUAUGUGUCAUUUCUUAUUGAGUGUAGGCCCCUUUCUAUUAGCAUGGGAAAUGCCAUUAGAUUUUUGAAGAAUAGGAUUGCCAAAUUACCACAUACACUGUCAGAAUCGGAAGCAAAAUCUAGUCUUCAAUCUGAUAUUGAUCGUUUCAUAAAUGAGAAAAUUGUAAUCGCAGAUAAGGUUAUAGUUAGGCAUGCUGUUACAAAGAUUAGAGAUGGUGAUGUUCUUCUCACUUAUGGAUCAUCUUCUGUUGUUGAAAUGAUAUUCUUAUAUGCUCAUGAGCUUGGAAAGCACUUCCGUGUGGUGGUCGUUGAUUCCCGUCCAAAUCUUGAAGGGCAGGCGUUGCUCCGCAGAUUGGUGGCAAAAGGCCUUAACUGUACAUAUACACAUAUAAAUGCCAUCUCGUAUAUCAUGCAUGAAGUCACACGAGUUUUUCUAGGAGCUUCAUCAGUGUUAUCCAAUGGAACAGUUUACUCAAGAGUUGGAACGGCAUGUGUAGCUAUGGCUGCACAUGCCUUCCAGGUUCCUGUUCUAAUAUGUUGCGAGGCAUAUAAAUUUCAUGAAAGGGUGCAGCUUGAUUCUAUAUGCUCUAAUGAACUUGGUGAUCCAGAUGUCAUUUCAAUGGUUCCUGGACGGAAAUAUUUGAAUCAUCUUGACAACUGGGCUGACAAUGAGAAUCUGCAACUUCUAAAUCUCACUUAUGAUGCAACCCCUUCUGACUAUGUAUCGAUGAUCAUCACAGAUUAUGGGAUGCUCCCGCCCACAAGUGUGCCAGUCAUUGUGCGUGAAUACCGCAGGGAACACUUAUGGAUAUAAAGGCAUGCCUAGUUCACUGCCAACUUGUUAUCUCCUCAAUCUGAAGUAUGAUGCUUUUGAUGUCAUUUUUUUACCUUUUUCUCCUUUUUCCUGUGGAAUGUGCGUCCAAUUCAAUUAGUGUCCUGUCUUUUAGGUUGUGAGGAUUUUCUUUAUUUUAUUUUUCUGGGAAUAAUGAUGUGUCCUCAUUUGAUUUGCUGGCGAUCUAUAUUUUUCUCACAUGACUCCGUGAAGAGUGCAAUAUUUCGCCUCUCCGGGUAUUUUUGACAGUGCUGUUUCUCUAUUGUAAUAUGAAAUUCUUGGUGCUUGUGGACAUUUUCAUAUAGAAAUGUCAUUCUUAAAAAAUGUCCAGUAUUCA